AUGGAGCAUGCUCCUCAGUUCCAGUUGACCCUCGUCCCUCAGCACGGAGGUUAUGAUCCUCGACGUGAUGGUGAGGAUUAUAUCAGGCCGUGGAUCCGCGAAGUGUUCAACAUUGAUCCACAUGAUUUUCUCUCAGGGGCGUUGAAGGUAAUGGCGUACAUCCACACGCCUCCGACGAGAAGCCACCCAGCACGAGCGAUUGGGCAAUGCGAGUUCUGGAUCAUUGUGCGCGAGAAGAUGGACCACAUCCCCUUCGACGCACAGGUCUGCGGGAUCUCUCGGGGCGCCAACUGGCUGCAAAUGCAACUCUUCCAUGUCAACGGGCAGUUCAAUGCGACGUUAUGGGGCGAGGAGCCGUACAAGGGGACCGGUGUCUGGGACUCCGAGGUUGACGACUGCUACAUCAUGUUCAUCGAGGAUCUGUCCGUCGUGCCAGAGUUCCGCAAUCAGGGCAUAGGCAAGCGGUUCUUGAAGGAUCUCAGAUACAUAAUCCACGAACAGACUUCGGGACGGGACUUGUUCGUCAUUACCCUCCCUGAUGGAGACACGCCCGACGACAGAGGCGAGGCUUGGCGCCUUAGCAUACAUGAGAGCCUGCAUCCAGCUCUGGUAGAGAAGACCAUACAGAGCAGCAGGGCAGGUAUGAUUCGGCUCUACCGGGCUGCGGGCUUUCGGCGCGUGGGUACGUCGAGGUGGUUCGCGUGGAUAUCGAUCCCAGACCAUCCAAGCAGGGCCUUAGAGGCGAAUCACGACUACGAUGGGCCGGUUCUGGACCGACGCUUGACUUUCGACUUGCCGAUCAGGGUUCAAGAAGAUGCAUUGUAG